CAAAGGCAUGUACAAAUAUUCAUCAACGUUACGAUAAAGGUUUAGUUGAAUUUUAGAAUUGAUAGUUAAAUAUGUUUUAUUUGGGAUAUAUUAUUUUUGGCUUAUGUGUUACACGUGUUGAAAGCACAGACCCAGGUACUGUUCGGCUAGUUGGUGGAGGCACCGAUUGGGGACGAGUGGAGGUUUUUCAUAAUGGCGUUUGGGGAACAGUUUGCAGUACAAACACUAAUCAUCGUGUGGCUCAAGUAAUUUGCGAUCAGUUGGGAUUUAGCAAGAAUGAAAGAUACCGGUUACAGCUAGUGGAUAUUCACAAAGGAACAGGCAAAAUAUGGCUAGAUGUUCGUUAUUGCAACUACGAUACUUUGUCCAUUCAAAACUGUAUCCAUCGCGGUUGGGGAAAUCAUAAUUGCACCCACGACAACGACAUUGGCGUCUUAUGUGCUAGUAAAGUGAAGCGAGGUGUCGAUUGUCCCAGGAUGUUCGCCAGCUUCAACGGCAAAGUAAAGUACAGGCGAAAGGGAUUACGGGCUGAUUUCAAGUGUAAAAAGCGGAUGCGACUACAUGGUUCAAAUAAGCUGAAUUGUCGUGAGGAUGGGACGUGGGACGGCGAACAACCUGUGUGCAUUGGCUCCGGUUGUGUUCCGUAUGACACUAGUUCCCAAUCUCGCCUCAAUACCAAGGACAGGUACAGCGAUGGCUCGUUGAUGCAGUUUUCGUGCACCGGCAACUACCAUCUCGUAGGUGCAGAAGAGGCGUUUUGCAAUGGAUACGAAUUCAGUGCACCACUUCCCUCCUGCGUUGGUAAUUCAAUAUACGUUCGGCUCGCCGACGGAGGUGAAAACUGGGGACGUGUAGAAGUUUUCUACGAUGGCGAAUGGGGAACGGUGUGUGGCGUGUACACGGAUAUACAUUUUGUAGAUGUUCUAUGCGCUCAGCUUGGAAUGAACGAUGGCAGUUUUUUGCAAAAUUUUAGUUUUAAGGAAGGCACCGGAAAGAUUUUGCUGGGCGUUAAGUGCUCCGGUGCUGAACUUCUUAUUGAAAAUUGCACAAAUCUUGGUUGGGACACGCGUUCUAAUUGCAAUCAUAAAGCAGACGUUGGUGUUGUCUGCGACCCUAGAAACUGCGCAAAUCCGUCGACAAUUGCUAAUGGAAGCAUAGUUUUGACUGGCUCAAAAAACUACGGAUCAACUGCUCGUGUAAUUUGUGAUCCAGGAUUCAGUGUCUAUCAAAACUUGACACGCGGAGAAGUGAGAUGUCUUCCACACGGCGAAUGGGAGACCGUUCAAUGUGAGAAGAACGACUAUCAUCGCAUCAUCUAGAAAUUGAAGUGGGCAGAUUCCAAGGCAUUGAUCGUGAUCAGAGACUUUGUCGAUGCUGCAAUAUUUACGUUGUUGAAUCUGAGUAUCACUUCCUACUAUGUUGUGACAAUUAUAGACACUUAAGUUUGAAAUUUAUUGGGCAUAUCUCUUGGCCUACCUUAAAUUUAUUCCAAACUACUAUGACAUCGAAAAAAAUUAAUAAAAUAUUAGGAAUUUGUAAAUACCUAAAAGAAGCUAUGUUAUAUAGAAAUAAUACCCUUACUGAACUAUCUGUUCCUUAAUCCAAAGUAUAUCAACGUUUCGUUACAUAAAUACAUUUUAUAUAUGCAUAUAUAUUAUGCUUGAAUAUUUAUAUGUGUACUUUGUGUGUGUGAUGAUAUUACUUAACCUUCUUUUUGUCUUUGCCAUAAUUAUGUUGUAAAUGGCUAAAGGCAUGUUUUUAUUGCCGAUUGCCAAUAAACUUUGAACUU